AUGCAAUCAUCAUUACAUGACGAUAAUGAGGGUGAUGAAGAUGAUAACGACGAUGAAUUUAAGCGUAUUUUGCUUCCGGUUCUUUCAUCAACUAUAUCACCGCUUCGUCCAUCAAUAACUUGCUCGUCCUAUCGUGACAACAAUCAGUACAAUCAAUUAUUCUUUGAGAGCUGUGUGCAAAUUCGAGAACAACUAGCUCAUCGCCGUUGGCCAUUUUGCCCAAUUUAUUUACUACAUAUCAAUACCUACUGUCAUAUCGAUCAUUUUGCGAUUCCAGCAGAAAUUGCUCUUGUCGAAACAACCUUAUGGCCGCAACUGUACGGAAAUACUAGUAAUGUGCAAUCAAUGAAUAUUUCAAGAAAAGUUACUGAGCAUUACGAGCGAUACUCGAAUUUAUACAAGCGUUUCAGUACGAUUACGGAUGAUUUUCAUGAUUUUGUUCAUCCAGGCGAUCAACUACCGACUGGCUAUCAAGCUGACAUUCUCGAUCAUUCAAGACGCACACACGGUUUACCAUGCACACCGUAUGAAAAGAUCGGCACUCAAGAUUAUAAUCAAUUGUUGGAUGAUAUACAUGAAAUGCUCGGUUCAUUAUGUGAUUUCCAUAAUUAUAUCGAUAAUGAGCCGAUGCCGAUGUUCUGUACUAUGGAAUCAUUCUGGUCGACGAAAGUUGCACUCGACUGGAUCUAUGAUCAUCCGACUACACGAGAUCGUAUGGAUGAUUAUACAUUGUAUCCACUCGAAGCAUUGAUAGCCGUUAUUUAUGAGAAUUAUUAUAGUCGAGCUCAAUUCAGAUGUGAUUUAGGUGUUUUGAUGAGGAAAACUCCGCAGCAACCAGUUUUGCACUCUCGUGCAUGUGAUUAUCAUGGAAUACUUGAGAAUAAAUACUGUGCUAUGGCGCAUGUCCGAGAUCUAUCGGAAUAUUAUAUUUCAUUAAUGGCUUAUCUAUAUUACACAUAUUGUGAUCAUAAUUCAUCCACAUUAUUACCUUAUAUAAAGGUCACUUAUCGUGGAAGUUUAUCACUACAACAAGAAGCUUAUUGGUCUGGUAAACAAGAAGAAUAUAAAAAGAUCAAGAAAGACAAGUGUCUAUCGUCAGGCGUGACUUUGUCGUCGCCAUCGUCAUCAUCAGACGGAAGCUUGAAUGAUAAAUCAUUUGCUGAUGUUAAUAAACCUGCACUGAAAACAAAACGAUUUGAUCAUCGCCAGCCGUCUUCCAUCCAGGAAAAUUCUGAGUCAAAUCUAAAUCCGUUUGCUAAACCGUUCAAUACUCAAACGGACCGGCAAGAAACGACAACACGUUCUUCGUCUACUAAUGACAAAACACCAGCACAUUUAGUAGUAUUCGAACCACGUUCUAUUCCAUCAUGUAAUCGAUCAGAUCCGAUACUUUAUCAACGUAUUGAUCCUCGAUCAUGUGAAGAUUGGGACCAAUCUGACCCAACGACACAUUAG